AAAGCAAAAAGCGUGUUCGUAGCAAUUCCAGCAUACUAAGUUUACAUUUCGCAACUUUUAUUAUCUUUGACGAAGAUGGAUAGGAAAGUCAAAAAUUUAAAACUACAAAAGGAACUAGAAUUCACACUGCAGAAUGCAGAAAAACUACCAUCAUGGAAAUCAGACAAUGAAGGGAUACACGAACGUGUCAACUUUGAUGAUACGAUAUGGGGAUUUAAUUUGGCUGGUGGUUCUUACUAUAAUACGCCCUUGAGAAUAACACAGGUGAAAAAUGACAGUCGAGCUCAACAUGCAGGUAUGAAAGUAGGAGAUGUCCUAAAUAAUAUCAAUGGCAUUGAUACUCAGAAGCUUACUGUCCAAGAAGCACACGAUUUAAUAGUUGAAUCUGGCAUUGAAAUCAAAUUAUGUCUAUCGGCACCAGACGUCGACGAAGCCACCUACUAUGUGUACCAAGAUGACUUUGAUGAAGAUCAAGAGCAGCGAAGACUCUUACGUCUAUCACAAGAGCAAAAACAUCGUUAUAAUUUUAAAGGAGCAAAAGCGAACGAAGCUUGGAGUAUCGCAUGGCCAUGUAGUAAGAAACGUGAUAUCAUGUACCGAGAAUCCAACUGCUUUCUUGUCCCGAGCGUCUACGAGAAAAAUCAUCCUGAGAAAAUAAUGAAAAACUGAACGGUGCCAAAUGAACAAGCGGCAAUUUGACCGUGUCAGUUUCAAUACUUAGUAAUUAGUGAUGAACGUAAAAAAUAAAUGAUGAUACUACUUUGUCUAAUUAUAAA